AUGAAAAUUCAUGGAGUCGGUCUAUUUCAAAAAUCCCUUGGAAUGCACGGUGAUUGGUCUUUUAAUGUAUUUCGAUUGAUUCCAAUUGAACAAGAUCUAAAUUACAAGAACAAGUAUGAUUUAAAUGAGCCUCAUUACAGAGUAAAUUUUUCUUACGCAUAUCCCUCCGAAAUUGAUAUCAAAGAAUCAGAUGGAAAUAAGGUCAUCCUACAUAAAUUAUGGGAAUUAGUUCCUCUGACUGAUCCAAAUGGUCAAGCAAAAUAUCCGUUUAUAACCUAUAAUCCAGUUAAACGAAGAAAUUGCGAGAUAUUGACCCAUCGUCUGAACAAUAAUGCAAUUGAAGAUGCUUAUGUUGUUUCUCAGGCGUUACUUAAUAAUUCUUCGGGAAAUUAUAUUUCUUGUAUCUAA